AUGCUAAGAGAGGCGACUAAAUGUACCGUGGUGGUGGUGCUGCUGGCGGGGGAGGUGGUGUUGGUUAUUUUGGGGGUUAUGGUGGUGGAUGUGGUGAUGAUGAUGAUGGUGGCGGGGGUGGCGUUGAUGAUGCUAGUGGGGUCGGUGGUGAUGGUGCGGCCCACCUUCCCGGUCAACAGCAGCCCCGGUGCAGGCCACUGUGUCCGGGUGCGCACUGUCCCGAUGGUGGCUCCUACGCUCGGCGGGGCGAGAAGGUUCAGCCAGACGGAGCAGCCUCCCAACCGCCAGCGCAAUCAAGGCCAGAGGACGGGAAUAGACGAACAGAACAGCAGCAAACUGAAGGAUUUCAUCCGACACCUCCACACCCUUUGCCGCCACCACCACCACCACCAACACCACCACCACCACCAUUGGCACCACCAUGAACACUACCCCCCUCACCGCCACCAUCAACACCACCCCCACCACCACCUCUACAGCUACCAUCAUUACACCAACCCCCCGGCCAGCAAGAGUGAAAAUGGGUGA